GAGACCCCAAAGCACAAGUCGCUGGUCACUGGUGUCGGCUGGUACAAGACCGGCAAGCAGUACGAGCUCCUGUCGGUCGGAGAUGACCAGGAGGUGUGGAAGUGGCAUGUGGAGGGCUCUCCCAUUGUGAAGCUCAGCAGCUGCGAGUCCUUUUGCACGGCCAUGGCGUGGAUGCCGAACGGCAAAGGUUCCGAGAACACCUUUGCUCUUGGCUGCGCAGACGGCACCUUCCGUCUGGUGAGCGAGACUGGGCGAGAAGAGAAGAAGGUGGAUGCGCACCGAGGGGCUGUGAUCUCCUUGAGAUGGAGCUUUGAUGGCUCAGCCAUUGCCACGGCUGGCGAGGACGGCAUUGUCAAGGUGUGGUCCCGCAGCGGAAUGCUGCGGUCUGCUCUGGCCCAGCAGUCACAUGCCAUCUACUCCGUGGUGUGGUCACCAGAUUGUGAGCACAUCCUCUUCGCCUGCAGCACCAAGAUCCACCUGAAAUCCAUCCAGGCGGGGCAGAAGCAGGUGGAGUGGAAGGCUCACGACGGUGUGGUCAUUAUGCUUGACUGGUCCUUUGUCAACAACACGAUCCUUUCUGCCGGCGAAGACUGCCGGUACAAAAUUUGGGAUGCCUAUGGGCGGCUCCUCUUCAACUCAGCCCCCCUGGACAACGUGGUGACCGCAAUCGCGUGGUCUCCAACAGGCAGACAUUUUGCGGUCGGCAGCUUCAACGCUUUGAAGCUCUGUGACCGCACGGGCUGGUCUUACUGUCGAGAAACCCCGGACGUGGGAUCCAUCUUCUCAAUCUCCUGGUGCAGCGACGGCACGCAGCUGGCCUGCGGCAGCGGCAGCGGGCACGUGGUCUUCGGCAGUCUCGUGGACCGGUCCUGCACCUGGCAGAACAUGGACGUCACGCUGGACGAGAACAACACCAUCACAGUGGUGGAUAUCUUGAACGAGACCAAGGAGGAGCUGGACUUCAGAGAUCGCGUCACCGACAUGUCUUUAGCGCAUGGAGCGCUGGUGGUGAACACCAACAGCCAGUGCUUCGUCUACCAAUCCACAAAUUGGAACACGCCCCAUGUGGAAGAUCUGAAGGAGCCUCCGAUGCUUAUCGUCCAGUGCCCGCACCACUUCGCCCUGGUGGAUGCCAACGGAAUUCAGAUCAUCAACUACGAAGGCCGUCAGCUCUCCACCAUCAAGAUGAGCGGCCUUCGGUACGAGUACCUGAACCACCAGACCCUGAGUAUUUGCCGGGACGCCGUGGCGCUGGUGGAUCCAGCACAGCCCAAGCAGAUCCGCGUGUUCGAUGUGUUCACUGGCCGGGCGAUGGGGAAUCCCAUCCAGCACAAGCUGGACAUCAUCCGAAUCUCGCUGAACCAGCACGGUUCCGGCAGCGACCGCAAAGUGGCAAUCCUGGACAAGAACAAGGAUUUGUACCUGACCAAGGCAUUGCAGGCCGACAAGACCGAGAAGCUGGGUGCCAUGGUUGAUACCUUCAUGUGGAAUGACAGCACCGAUAUGCUUGUUGCUCUUAUCGACGAGAAGCUGGUGAUGUUCAUCUAUCCGGCGGUGUGUUUUGUGGACAAGGACCUGCUGCUGAAGACGCAGCAGUACAAGACCUGCGCAGACGCUGGCAAGUAUGCACAGAUCGUGGCGUUCUAUGGCUCCAACUGCACCAUCCGAAAGGCGGAUGGCUCCGACCUGGCCAUGGUCACCACUCCUUAUCCACAGCUGCUUUAUCAGCACUUCGAGAAGGGCCAGUGGGAGCAGGCGUGGUCCUGA